UCCCCGCCGUCUUCAUAUCUAGACACUGGAGGAUGGACUUUGCGCUUCAGGUAUGUCUUGUUUCUCGUCAUGUCUCUCGAUUCCUGUGGCUAAUGACUUCUCUUGGAUACAUGUCGUCAGUCGCUCUAGCUUCUCAUUGUGAACUCGCAGCCUCCGUCUGCUAUGCAUGCCUUUUGUUGUCUCGUAUAUCGCUACCAUCCCCUUUCCCUCGUUUUUACCUUUCCCCCCGGCUUUUUUUUCAAAUCGUAUUAAACCCAUAUCCUUGUCUCUACGUUCUACUGUGUAAUACACGGU